AAUUCCAUUUCAACGAGAUGACUAUAUUUCGUCGCUUGCUCCACUCAUAUAGGGCGAUUUUUUUCCUUGUAAAGUGAAGAGAUGCACAAUGAUGCAUGAGAGGGCAAGGGGUAGAGCCGAAGAGUGCUUUCGACCUAUGAGAAUUGAGCCAGUUGCGCCGAAGAAGGUGGAUGGGGUGUGGACUUUCGCCAUAAUGAUGACCGAGGGGAUGUUGCUGAGUGAUACCAUUCUCAUCUAUACUCCAAAUUAAUCACUAACCGAUUCUUAAUUGAAGGACUCGAGGGCAGAGUUUUACUGUUUUACUUGUUUUGCCACCAUCAUGACGGAGUUGUCAAAAUCAACACCUAGAUUUAUGCAUAAAUGAUGAAUCCUUGUAUUCCGUAGAGCGAAUUUACCUGCCGUUUCUUCCCAUCACCACUCUCUCCCGCAAGGGGUAAGAAUAUAGGCCAGGCAGGGAGUGGUCCCAGGGACAAGGACAUUGCAUCUCUUUUCCGAGUCAGAGUAGCCAUCUCUUGACGACAGGCUGAUGCGCGAACCUGUAGAAAUGCAGCAACACGCUGUUAUGCCAGCGGAACAAAGCAAGAGAACCGAAAACUGCGAUGAGAUCUCGCCAAAGUCUCGAUUUUUGGUGUAAAAACAACGACUGACAUUGAGAGUUGCCUGAUUAGGACAACGCACAGACUUGUGUGUUUAUUUUUCUUUUUGGCUUCAACAACCAAGAGAAAAAAAAAACAAGAACAUCAACUUCAACCUCACACAACGUCAAUUGCACAUCAUCAUCAUCAUCAUCAUCGUCAUCAUCAUCAUCACCGUCACCGUCAGCCAGAAAUAGCGGAAUAUGCAUCAGAUCAUCGUCAUGUCACCUUUGCAGGGCUUUAAUUAGAGACGGACGGACGAGUUCCUUAUGCAGUCCGGGACAGCUCUCGGUCCCGAAGCAAGUGCUUAUUUUUCUGGCGUCCUAGUGGGCAUGGCUGAGGUAUGAUCCGAGGGGACAGCAAAUGAACUGCCUAAAGAAAAUGAAGGAGGAUAUACCGUGGUAUGCAGAAUUAUGCCACUUGCUUUUUCCAUCGGAGGAAAAAGCGGUUCAGACAUGGGUGUUGAUUUAGGUGUUUCUCUUAACAGCAUGCUCUCUUGUGCAGCAGAUACUGAUCACCUCCCAUGACAGGCUACUUCACCUCAUUGGCAAGUUAAGCCGUGGAGAGACUCCGAAAGACCAAGGGAAUUUGUCCUCCCGACCCAGAAGAUGGAUGCAUACACGCUGCAUAUAAUUGCGGGAAGAUUAUAUGUUUGCGGAUGGCGGGGGAGAGAAAGGAUAAAUCAAAGGCAACGGGCUUUGGCUCAAGACCUUUACCUGAUAGGGCCUCUUGUCCGCGAAGCUUACGCACCUGUCACAAAUCCUGGUCCUUGUCCAGAUUGGGGAGGAACCACACCAUGGCUUUCUGGACGUGAUGGUCAUCAUCCCAACGCCCCCAGAUGAGUUAAGUCCAACUUCUUCCAUGCAAAGAGUCCAUGAAGUCCUCGGUUGUUCGGAAGAUAUUAUAGACUGGCAAAGACGAGUAGGAUAAGAUGGAAAGAGGAAAAAAGAAAUGGGUGGCGUUCGCGCUUCUUCUGUUACAGGUGACGCUUUUCUGCGUUCUGACAGUAUUGCCAGUGAUGCCCACCCUUCUUGAUGACGCUCUGAUCUUGAGCAAAACCCAACUUGACCAGACCUCAGCAGUGGGGAGCGAUGAGAGACCGCACAUGAGAAGCCAAGACAAAAGGAGGCAUCCCUUUUUCAACACUCAUUUUUCUAUUCUGACGAAAGUCGUAACUCAGGUGGAUGGGAACGGAUCGCCCCGCUCUGUACCACCGUCCCGAGAGCCUUUCUGCUGCCAGUUCUCCAAACAAUAUUCACCUAAACCUGUCGUCUCAGAUUCAGAAUCAGACACGGCAGUUAAUUUAUUCUCACACAGGGCGAGGGCAAAGAAUGAUUCCUGAGAUACCUGGGCAUGCACGGGGUCUGGAGCGUUAAUAGCAGGGACGGAGUAUGUACGUAUAUGGAUAAGGGCUCUCUCUCGUAUUGACGCAACAGAAGUCUGGAGUUCGUAUUCUGCAAGGAUAGAACCGCUGGUGGCUACCCAACAUGGUGGAAGAGGCAGUUUCUCCUCAAGAAGGAUCAGAGAAGGAUAACCUCGUCCUCGUAUCGUGGGAGCAUUAUCUCGUUUAUUUAUAUUAUAUUUCCUCUUGUCUCUCGAUCAGUAUGCUAAUAGUGGUUUUUCACAGAUACUCUGGCGUUGUGUUACAGGAAAUCAGCGAUCUUCUCCUCAAUCUGUCAAUAGGGCCACUACCAGCCAA